ACCUCGAGGUUCUUUCUGCGUCGCCUUGUAUGAGCAGUGUUCAUUUAAUCUAACCUGAAAUUCGAGAUUUCGAUCCAACCUUUUCAAAACAUUCUAUAGAAGAUACAUCUGUCCAUUUGUAACGGAAGUGGAAAAUGAAUCCAUCUGUCCAGUUAAUCGAAGGUCUGUCGGAGCAGCCACUGCGUUUGAAAAAAAUGCCCAAAGAUUACCCACUGUUGACUGGUUCGGAUCAUUGGAGACGGAAAAUUCGCACAGUUUUCAAGAGAUUAGAUACUGACGGCAAUGGCUACCUUACUAUAGAGGACUACGAGAUCACGGCAAGGCGUGCUGCCGAGUACUUGGAACUGAAUGAUAAACAAGCUGAAUAUUUGCUUAAUCAUCGUCGUGUUAUAUGGACAGAUACUGUAAAGCAGAGCUCACAUCAAACCCACCCUGACAGAAUGUCAGAAGAUGAGUUUAUUCAGAGUCACUUCCUGGCAUUCAAUGAUAGCACCAUUCGAGAGAAUUUUGCAGAUUAUUGUUCAAUUGAAUUCAUCGCCAUUGACGCCAACGGCAGUGGUUUGAUUUCGCGUAGAGAGCACGCUGCUUACUUCUGUGGACUUGGCAUACCCACGGAGUUCUCGAAAGUUAUAUUUGAUAUCAUCGACACUGACAAAGAUGGAAUCAUCUCCAAGGAAGAGUUCACCCAAGCCCAGAUUGAGUUUUGGCUCAGCGAAGAUGAAAACAACAUUUACAAUGAAUUCCAUGGCCCUCUUGUUGCCUAAAUGCGACAUUUCUUAGACAAAUUAUGGAACAGGCAUUUGAGCAAUGAAUCAAGCUCACGGACUAAAUCAAAAUUAUGGGUUAUGGUGUAAAUGACACUGCUGCAUAAUGCAGAUAUUGCUGUCUGAGGUUUUCAACAAUAAGAAUUGACUAUGAACCUUUGUCAUAGUUGAUUGUAAGAAAAUCCUAAAAUAAGUAUCAUUUUGACUGAGAUAAUAAACAAUACGAGACGAUGGAAAUAUGAUGGAGUCGUUAAAACGUUGCCUUUAAAUUUAAUCUUAAUUUUGACCGGACUCGCGACCAAUUGGAGACCAAAUUUUGGUCCACUGUCAACAGUGGUCACGACCAGUAAUCUCUAAUAGAAUUACGAGAUGUUUAAUAUUUUUGGGCUUCAUCACGUUCAUUGGUUGCCAAUAUGCUUGCAAGUAUAUAUACUGUGGUUCCACCUUAUGCUCGGGUUGCCAAAGCUGCUUUUUUCUUUGUACAAUUUGCUUGUUGGAUAACGUUUUUCACAGAGGUUUGCACGUCCUUUGACAUUUUCUACAGACAGGGAGACAUACAUGAACUAACAUACUGAUAGUAACCAUUAUCAUAACAAGUGAAACCAAGUUUGUUUGACAGUGUGUUUGACGAGUUACUUUGCAAAAUUUACUUUCAUUUAUGCUAAAAAUACAAUGAAACAAAAGAAAAAAAACAAUCAUCUUAAAAAGUUUUGCUGAACUUAAGCUCAACUAUUAAGGGUUUGUGACCUUCGGCGACCAGCUGCACAGUACAUUACAUAGAAAAUAAUAUUAUUCUGGUUUUUGUUUUAGACUAGAUACAAAAUGUACAAUGAAACAGCAAAAUGGAAAAUCUAUUUGUCUCUUUAAAAAUUACCUGUUUUUUCUAAACAUACUAAACGAUUUUCUACCUACAGGGCGGCAUGCGCUCCUUCAUCAAAAACCCUCACCUUGCUUGCUUGAAUGUUUAUGUACUUUGUUUAUUGCAAUGGUUUUAUAGGACCCAUCCCUCUGUCUGGAUAAAUAACUCAUACCGGUACAGUCUCUUUCCAUCAAACACCCUGGCUGACCACUGACCAAACAUUGAGCAUCUAUUCUGCAACCGCAGCGGUAUUUGUGCAUCCUUUUCUUAAAAUGUCUUUCACCGGACGACCUCCUUGAUGACCCUUUUGCAAUUGUUUUGAAAAUGCUCAAAAACAUCAUGACGUCCACAGAGACGCCUGAUCCACGAACGCCUUACCCGCACCCUUGCAUGACCUAAGUCACUACUGUUCCCCCUUUUAACUACCGACGGUA